GGGAAAUAUGUGGUAUAGUUUCUGGAUUCAGGAUGGCAAAAAUGAGCUACAAUUAUGAAAUUUGUCAGGAAUUGUUGCAAUCCGCCGAAAGUCAUCAUCAACCUGUAACUCAUGCAUUAAGAUCGAGUAAGAUGGAAGCGAUGGGUUUGCCUCAAGGCUAUGAUGCCAGUGAGCCAGGAAAUAUCUUUGAGGCGCUUAGUACGGAUCCUGACAGGUUGAAACUUGAUGCCUUCCUGUACGGAAUUUCCCAUCAACAUCAUUUAGCACUAGAGCGCACCAGACAAACGAAUACGGAAACUGCAGGCAAGAAAAUUGUAUCUGAAAUUCACAAUUUCCUGGAAGAAGAUGUUGACUUGAAAGAUACACUUCAUGUGUAUUGCUGGGGCACUUAGUGCAUCGUUGGAGGUGUGGUGUCCUAAGAGAACUUGGAAUGGAGAAAAUGAGAGAGUUGCUUGUUUCGAUGGUAUAAGCAUUUACAAAAGAGAUUUGAAUACACUAAAUGAUAACAGUUGGGUAUGCGACACCAUCGUAGACGUUCUGUUAAGGUACUACUGUAAAUUAGCAGAAAAAAGAAAUGCAAAAUUUUUCGCAUUUAGCAAUUUUUUUCAACAGAAACUGUUAAUAGAUGGACCUCUAGGAGAAAGACCGCUGAGAUUAUCAGGAUGUUUCAUUUCAAGAGUGGGGAUGUUCACACCUGAAGAAAUGAAUAAAUAUGAAUGUGUGCUAGUGCCAAUAUGUGACAUGCUGCAUUGGUGGCUCAUUGCAUACAAUGUUAGAGCAGGCAAACUCUAUGUUUUAUGCAGUAUGGGGUGGCAAAAAAGAGAAGUUGCAUCCAGUAUACGAAGAUAUUUUCAGCAUGUGAGGCAAGAGCAAAGAUGGCCAGAAGACAUUGCUUCAAUUUCCCAACCUAUAUAUGCCGACGUGAUACAACAAGCAAAUGGUUAUGACUGUGGCAUAUUCGUGACAGAAUUUGCGAGAAGAAUAACAGAGGGGGGAGAAGUUGGUCCUGGAUUACAUGCCGAUAUCCAUGUAAAUAGUAAAAGACCAUACCUUAAAAAACUGAUUCGAAGCUUUGCCAUUUAGCGAAGCAAUUUGUAAUGAAGCAGAAUUUAAGUUUAAAGCUGGUGCAUAUGAAUAACAUUCUUAUAUUUAUAACAAGUGAUGUAAAUAAUUUUUUUACAAGUAACGACGUUACAUGUAAUUGUUACUUUUGCAGAAACUAUAUGGGUAACUAUGAAGUAAUAUUUUGUAGAGAUAAAACUAUUCAUAAAAACAAGUUUAAAUUUUUCGAAAAACGAAACUAUAACGCGUUACUAAUGAAUAACGCGACUAAGAGUGAGAAAAUAGUGUUUAUAGGCUAUUUCUCUCUCAGGAUUGUAUUUAACAAUGCGUAACAUAUUCCUGUGCCAAAUAUGAAGUUUUGUAAAAAGAAAAAAGUUAUCGUAUUCCAUGUAAGAAACCAUGGAGGCUUAAUACACGAAUUGCACUGUUCA